AUGGCCUCGACUGCAUCGCAAGACUAUGUUGCGGCAGCUAGCCAUGCGCCGGGCGCGGCAGCUGAAGAUGACGUUUUCCCUCACAAUGAACAACACAACCUGCAUCAGCAAGUGUCACAGCAAGAAGAUUUGACAGCGGCUUCGCGGGUGAUUUUCGGUGCUUUGCCAGAUGAUUUCCUGCGACUCAUGGUCGAGGUUCCUGUGCGCGUUGAUGAAGUUCCACCCGCUCUGCUGGCCGAUGGCCCUAUGCAGGGCUUGCUUCGUGUUGAUGUUCUACAGGCUCGCCUGGCUAAGAAUUACGGUGUCAUGAAGAUGGAUCCAUUUGUGCGCCUGAUUGCUGGUCCCUACUUCAAGCGCACCCCCGUUUGCCAAAAAGGUGCCACGGAACCCCGGUGGAAUCAUAGCAUCACGCUGCCAAUCCUGCCAUUCUUCCAGACCCUCGUCAUUGAGGUGUUUGACUUUCGUGCCAUGGGUGACAAGCUGAUUGGUCGCUGCGAAGUGCCUUUGACUGAAUUUAUGGAGGGCACGCCCAAGGAAGAAUGGUAUCACCUCAGUGGAAAGCAAGGCGAAGACAAAGAGGGUGUUGUUCAUCUGAAUGUGCAUUUUGAGCGCACAGCCCACCCUCCCAUUCGAACCCAGCCAGGCCCCACUGCGUAUGGCAGCGGCCUGCCUUAUCAUGGCGUCCCAGGUGGCUCAUACCCACAACCUCAACAGCCUGCCCACCCCCACCCUCCAGCCACUGCGUACUAUGGCACGCAGGGUCGCGGCCCAGCAGAGCCAUCUGUGCCUUCGCCAAAUCCCACUUCUAGCCCCGCAGGCCCACCAACAGCUCCCACUGUCGUGAUUCCAACAGAGCAGGUUCAGCAACUGCGUGAAAUGUUUCCCGACCUUGAUGAGGAAGUCAUCCAUGCUGUUAUUGCUUCCUGUGGCAACGACACUGACGCUGCAUUGACCACACUGCUCGGCAUGGCCAGCUAAGAACACCUGGUUGAUUGCAGUGUUGGACUGGUUGGGACAAUGAAGUGUGACAGCUCUUGCUUUGAUUUUGGCUGCAUCUCAUCCAUAUCUCGGGCCCGCCAGUUUGCAUUGAUCUUCCCUGGUGUGAUGAAUUAUAUUAAUUUUUUUU